AGUGGACCGCGGUCGGAGUGGAACCGAACUGUGCGAGAUCGCGGCUCUGGCUCUGUAUUCACAUUCACUGCGUGUCCUCGAAGAACGCGAUCGUAAUCUCGGUUCGGUUCCUGGCAAUAGUGAGACAAUCAUUUUUUUAGGAUUAUCUGUGUUGUUGAUUUUGGAUUAGUAUGUUAAAUAAAUGUUUCCUGCUGGCAGUAUGCGGUUUCUGCAACCUGUUACUCAUUCAAGCCCACCCUGUGACGAUAACGGUUUACGACCCACCGGAGACGACGACCACUCCUUCGUCCAGCGAAGAAUUCAGAGAUGACUGGGACUACAAACUGGAACAAAGCAAAAUCCCCCUGCUUAGCGCCAUGUUCAAAAAGCAUACGCUACCCCCCAGUUCGAAUGGCACUGGAAGACUGUUGUGGGAGCUAGAUCAGGAAAAGACCACUCAUCUGCCUCAGUUCGUUGACAAAGCUCUCAAGUUGCUCAAUUUGAAACAGGUGGCCUUCGAGAUUGAGAACUCGGUGAUGUCCAAAGUGUCCUGCACCGCCUGUCAAGCUGGUGCUGGUUUGUUGCAACAUUAUACCAGGAUCGGAAAAUCAGAGAAAGAAAUCAAAAAGACCAUCUACAACUUCUGCGUGAACCUCAAGAUCCAAUCGUCCAGAGUUUGCGAGGGCAUUACUGAAUUAUUUGCUGGAGAAGUCAUCUACGUCCUCAGCAAAGUCAAAAUCGGCCCUGAUGAGAUUUGCAGUUUCGUCAUUGGAGAUGCUUGUGGUGACGUUUACAACCCCUACCACGAGUGGGAAGUCAUGUUUCCUCCAGUACCAAAGCCAAAAGUACAAGAACAAAGAAUUCCAGAUGUAACUGCCCCAUCGUUCAAAGUUUUACACUUGUCUGACACCCAUUACGAUCCUUAUUAUAUGGAGGGCAGCAACGCUGAUUGCGCUGAACCACUUUGUUGUAGGCUAACAAACGGCCCAGCGGCUUCUAAAGAACAGGCCGCAGGAAAAUGGGGAGAUUACAGGAAGUGUGACACUCCAAAGAUCACGGUCGAUAACAUGUUGCAACAUAUCCAAGAAACUCAUCCGGAUAUCGACUAUAUUAUUUGGACGGGCGAUUUGCCACCCCACGACAUUUGGAACCAGACCAAGGAGGAGAAUUUGAAGAUCUUGAAGGAGACAGUUAAGCAAAUGUCUGAUAUGUUUCCGGGUGUACCAAUAUUCCCGGCUUUAGGUAACCACGAAUCAGCACCAGUAAACAGUUUCCCACCACCAUUCGUCGAUAGUCCCGAAAGUUCAAUUUCCUGGCUUUAUGAUGAGUUAGACACCCAAUGGAGAAAAUGGUUACCAAGUUCAGUUAGUAACACAGUAAGGAGGGGUGCUUUUUAUUCCGUUUUGGUUAGGCCAGGCUUUAGACUAAUUUCUCUUAAUAUGAACUACUGCAACAACAAAAAUUGGUGGCUUCUAUUGAACAGCACAGAUCCAGCAACCGAAUUACAAUGGCUAAUUUACGAAUUACAAUCUGCUGAGUUUAAUGGCGAAAAAGUACAUAUUAUUGGACAUAUCCCACCUGGCCACUCAGACUGUUUAAAAGUGUGGUCCAGAAAUUACUACGCCAUCAUCAGCCGCUACGAAGGCAUCAUCACAGCACAGUUCUUCGGUCACACUCAUUUCGAUGAAUUUGAAGUCUUCUAUGACAACAAAGACUUAAGUCGGCCAAUCAGUAUAGCUUACGUAGGUCCGUCAGUUUCACCUUAUUAUGACUUGAAUCCUGGCUACAGGAUAUACUACGUUGAUGGUGAUCACGAGAAAUCAACCAGAGCGGUGGUGGACCAUGAAUCUUGGACGAUGAACCUAAGGGAGGCCAACCUUUAUGGUUACCCCAUUUGGUUCAAAUUAUACACAGCCCGACAAGCCUUCGGGAUGGACGCACUUCGUCCCAAGGAUUGGGACGAUUUGGUCGAAAGGAUGACCAAUGAUCCAAAACUAUUUGAGCUUUUCUACAAAUACUAUUACAAGGCGAGUCCUGUAAGACCAAGUUGUGAUAUGACGUGUAAAAAGAGGAUAUUGUGUGAUUUGCAUUCUGGCAGAUCACACGAUAGGAAGAAUUUGUGUCAAACGAUUGAAUCUAGAAUAGAUUCCUCGUCCAACACUAGUUGGAAAGAGUGGAUAUACAAUACCAUAUCCGUAUCCUUGGUGUAAGGGUAUGAUUUCUUCAAGACAUCUUUUUAAUAAAAGGAUGUCAGUUCUUAUGUCGAUUCCUCGGCUAACCAUACAAUUACCAAAAUAUGUUCUGGGCCUGGGCUAACAACAUGUUACGCAAUAUAGGAUAAAAUUUGUUUUUAAAAAAAAUGUUGAACUGAUGCAAAUCUGUUGACAUUGUAAACGUUGAAUAUUCGAAUAAAGUUGUUUUGGUACGAUUUUAUUAAUAUUGGACGGGGUCUAAAAUUGAUAAAAUUUUUCGGGAAUUUCGUGGGUCGACUCUAUUCGAAUAUUGACAUUAUGGCUGUGUAUUUUUGAAUCGUUCAAAAUACCAUCAUAGUUAUUUUUUAUACCAUUUUGUAGUUAAUUUAUUGUUGUACUGUUAGAUUUAGGGUUUUUAGAACUUCACAUUUAUCAUUGAUAUUUGUAGGAAACAAAAGUGUAAUUAAUUUAUUUUGGUAAUAAAUGUAUGAAAUAAACAA